AUGAGCACUGAAGGAUCAUCUAGUAAAUGUGGCAGUAAAAGGGGAGUGUUAAACACUCUUACAGCUAUUAAAAAAAAGAAAUUAUGUGAAUAUAAAAAUGCCAACCCAAAUAAAACCCAUGAAGAAUUUGCUAGAUUAUUUGAAAUCAGUAAAUCAACUGUUGGUGGUAUUUUGAGAAACAAAGAUAAAUGGCUUACAGUUACAGAAAGUGAUGCAAAUAAAAAAUGUGAUUGUGGAGGUGAAUGGCCACAGUUAGAGGAAGCAUUGGUGAUUUGUGUGAAUCUUGACAACAAAGCUAACCAUACAAUAACUGGUGCAAUCCUGUGUGAAAAAGCAGUACAGUUUGCUCAAAGGCUUAAUAUUUCCAAUUUCAAGUCAUCACAAGAAAAUAUCAAUUUUUUUUCAUAG